UACAAGGGCUUGGACAUCAUCACGAACAAGGUUUCUCCCCAGGAGCAGCGCCUGUGCAGACACCACAUGAUCAGCUUUGUGGAUCCCCUCGUCUCUGACUACACGGUGGUGGAUUUCAGAGACAAAGCCGUGGCUCUGAUUGAAGAUAUCUUUGCCCGAGACAAGAUCCCAAUUAUUGUGGGAGGAACCAACUAUUACAUCGAGUCCUUGCUCUGGAAGGUCCUUAUCAACACCAAGGAGAAGGCCAGCACGGCUCCUGGGCCAGUCGCCGACAGGAAAGUGGAGCUGGAGCAGCUGGAUGGUGUCGAGCUCCAUCGCCGCCUGAGCCAGGUGGACCCAGAGAUGGCAGCCAAACUACACCCCCACGACAAGCGCAAAAUGGCCAGGAGCCUCCAAGUGUUUGAAGAGACGGGGAUCCCCCACAGUGAAAUCUUGCACCAGCAGCAGGAGGAGGAAGGUGGGGGGCCUUUAGGGGGGCCCCUGAAAUACCCACAUUCCUGCAUCUUGUGGCUCCAUGCAGACCAGGCAGCUCUGGACCAGCGGCUGGAGAAGCGGGUGGAUGACAUGCUGGCUGCAGGACUGCUGGAGGAGCUGCGGGACUUCCACCGACGCUACAACCAAGAGAAGGUGGCUGAGAACCGGCAGGAUUACCAGCACGGCAUCUUCCAGUCCAUUGGCUUCAAGGAAUUCCACGAGUACCUCAUCAAUGAGGGGAAUUGCUCGCCUGAGACCAGUGCCAUGCUACUGCAGAAAGGGAUCCAGGCCCUGAAACAGGUGACCAAGAGAUACGCCCGGAAGCAGAACAAAUGGGUCCGAAACCGCUUCCUGAGACGCCCCGGGCCCAACGUGCCCCCGGUGUAUGGCUUGGAGGUGUCUGAUCUCUUGCGGUGGGAGGAGGAUGUGCUGAAACCUGCUCUGGAGAUCGUGGAGAGCUUCAUCCAGGGACGUGAGCCCCCAGCAGAGCCCGUGAAGGUGCAGUACGAUGCAGGCGAGAACAAACGGCGUCGGCGCGUGUGUGAGCUCUGCGACAGAGUCAUCAUCGGGGACAGGGAGUGGGCAGCUCACACACGCUCCAAAUCCCACCUGCACCAUCUGAAGAAGAGGAGGAAGCUGGAGGCUGCCAGCCGUGCUGCGGAGGCUGAGGGGGACAGCGGGGGCACAGAGACCUCGGGCGAGGAGGGCAGCCUGCCUUUGCCGUAG